GUGUUUGUACAGUGGAAGAUAUGAUCUUGGCGAAGUUUCCGCUCACCUCCAUACAAAGCUUGAACCAAUUCCUCUUCAAGAACUAUAUGCGAAAAGGGUAGUUCGUUAACUGGAAUUUUCAAGAGAUUCUUUUCUGUAACUUAGCUCUUUAACUCUGUGAUUGCAAAAGUGAAGAGAAAUAUGAAUUCCUCGUGUUGAAGACGACAAAGAAUUUUCUAGACUUGAUCAGGUCGCUCUUAUCGAGUCAAGAAUUUGCAAGAUCACGAUAGAUGUGGCAUAGCAGAUGUUUAUGAUGGAAAGUAGAGUGCUUACAUAAGAAGCAUCAUUCUGGGGCAUUAUGGGUAAUCCACUAUUGGACAAGACCCAUGGAGGAGUGGGUGGGGGGCAGGAUUUGCUGAAUAGAAAGCAGGAGAUGCCAGUGAGUCAGAACGACCCCGUGGCCAAGAUCCAAGGUCCAACCCCCACGCCCAGCGCCACGCCAGUCACAAAUCCAAGUAUCUUAGGACAAAUCCCGAUAUGGAUUAUCGCUGUGGUUGGAAUCGGCGCCGCAGUGAUUGUCAUCUUUUGUAUCUACUGCUGCUGUUGUCGGAAAUGCGGCAAGAAGAAGAAGAAAGAUGACAAGAGAGGAGGGAAGGAGAGAGUGGACUUCCGGGCGGUGCAGAUUGGGGCGAGUUAUCAGGAAAAGGUGCAGCCUUCCAUGGAUGAGCUCGACUACAACAGCGAGGAUUACCACUCUGAUCUUAGCUCUGGCGUCAAAAUAGGCCGUAUAAACUUCACUCUGGACUACAGUUUUACCGACAACACUCUGACAGUUGGAAUCAUUAGAGCUGAGGACAUCCCGGCCAAAGAUUUCAGCGGGUCCUCGGACCCAUACGUGAAAAUUAUGCUUCUUCCAGAUAAAAAGAAGAAAUACGAGACGAAGGUUCAUCGCAAGACAUUGAACCCCGUUUUUAACGAGCAAUUCGUUUUCAAGAACAUUCCAUAUAGCGAGAUUACGAAUCGUAUCCUACUCAUGGAGUUGUUUGACUUUGAUCGGUUUUCCCGCCAUGAUCUGAUCGGCGAGGCGAGGCUACCGCUGAUUGACGUGGACUUGGCGUCCAAUAUCAACGAAUGGAGGGUGCUGACGCCUCCCUCAGGGUCUGGGGGUGCUGGACACUCUAAAUCUGACCUGGGUGAUAUCUGCUUCUCUCUUCGAUACGUGCCUUCCUCGGGGAAACUUCAAAUCACUAUAGUAGAAGCCAAGAGUUUAAAAAGCAUGGAUCUAACUGGUUACUCUGAUCCGUACGUCAAGAUCGCCUUAGUUCAAGAAGGCCGCAAAAUCAAGAAAAAGAAAACAACUGUAAAGAAGCGAACUCUUAACCCAUACUACAAUGAAACGUUUACCUUUACGGUUGCAUUCGAGAAGAUCGAGCAAACCUCACUCAUUAUCUCCGUUCUGGAUUACGACCGCGUCGGGAAGAGUGAGAUGAUAGGAAAGUGUGUGGUGGGGGAGCUGUCUAGUGGCGCGGACCUGAGGCACUGGGCCGACAUGCUUGCGUCACCAAGGCGAUCCGUGGCGCAGUGGCAUACACUGCAUAACUAGGGCAAGGUAUAUAGUAUACCCUCCAUAAAGUGAACACAAUCGACUCUAUUAUUACUAACGUCACAUGGCUCACACUGCAUAACUAGGGCAAGGUAUAUAGUAUACCCUUUAUAAAGUUAACACAAUCGAUUACAUUAUUACUAGUGUCACCAUAACCAUCCGUAACACAGUGAUACACACUGAAUAAAAGGGCAAAGGAUGGAGAAAAGAUAUUGUUGUUUAUAAAAAAAAAACAUUAUAAAAGUUAACCCAAACAUAAUAAUUAUCAAUCACCGAGACUGUGUUAUUAGGGCAAGAAAAAUAAAUCAGUAUAACGAUUUUUAUAGCCCAAACCCCAAAAUGUGAUUGAGAGCAAUUUGCAAGGAAGAUCACACUGCAUAGUCAGGGCAAGGGAUAGAGAUCUGUUUAUUACUGUUUAUAAACUAACCUCUAUAAAGUGAACUAUAUAGCACACGCAACUUAACAGGGGGAUUCGAAUUCAAUUGUUUACCCCUAUAAAGUGCAGAAACAAGCGACAUAAAAUGUCACACUGCAUAAGUAGUUCGAAUAGUAAAUAUUUAGAUAAUCAAUAUGUUAAUGAUAAUAGUAUCAUUAAGGAAACCAAGGUUACGAUACCCAUGGUUCAUUGCGUUGGUGGACAUCUUUGAAACCAUAGAAAUGAGAGAAAGGAGAAGACGUAUCCUCUCUUCUUUAUCUUCUCUCCCGUCCCCGUCCCCCUCCCCCUUCCCCCGCCCCCUUCCCCCUCCCCCUUCGCCUUCCUUGUUCCACCUCGUUCUCAUGCCAGAGACCUCGACGCCCUGGGUUUCCGAGGAUGGGCAAGAUGCGUAUUUCAACGUAUCUGCCUUUUGAAUUUUUAUUUGGUUUUGUACUCGCUCAUCUCCCGCCCGUCGCCGUGUAUCUUAAGGUCUCUGAUAUUCCUCCAAGGGUAAUGUGACGUAGAACAAUUUAAAGAAGGAAAAACAGAAAUUUAUUCGCACUUACGCAUCCCUAUAAAAAUACGUACGUAGAACGUAACACGAAUGUAAAUUUUAUUUGUAAGCAAACUCUUCAACCUUAUUGUACGUGUAAUGAUUAUUACAAGAAAAUAAAAACAAGUAAGGGAUA